CAGCCAUUCCAUUCCAUCUGCGCGAGAGAGGAGGGGAGGAGUUUGGUGGCGUCGUGGGUGUUCGGUUGCCGCGCCGCCGCGGCGUUGACGGGGGCGGUUGCCGCCCGGGAGGAGGUUGGCGGGCGGCUGCGUGCGCGCGUCUUCUUUUUUCGCAGCGAGGAGGAGCUGGGGGCGCUCUGGGGAUUGGAUCGAGUCGAGCAGAGCUGAGCAUUAGGAUGGGAGCUGCUGCCUCCCGAGCUGCGCCGCGCGUCUCCGGUAGAUGAAACUGGAAAAGAACCAAAGCUUCACAACAUCUAUUGUGCAAUUCGAUAAGUAUCAAAGCUUGCUAUUUUCUCGUGGAUAGUGAUCAUCAUGGGUACUGGAUCAGUUACUGUGAAACAAAAGAAGCGAGUAAAGCAUACCAAGAACAAGUACUUGAAACCUGGUGCCCUUGCCCAGAUUCGUUAUAGUAGGAGCACAAGCAGGGAUAUAGGAAAGAAAAGGAUUCUGUUGAAUGUUGACAAGGAUGAGCUACCACAGGAGGAGGUUGCAUUCGAAAACACUGAAACUAUGAUGUCACCUACAAGGCUCAAUUUGGAGCCAUUUAGUGGCACUAAGGGGCAGAUAAUGCCAAUAACUCCAAAAACUCCUCAGUCAGAUGAAGUAUGUGAUGGCCAUUCAAGACUUGAAUCACUUCCACUUGAAUUGCUGAUCAAGAUCAUUUGUUGCUUGCACCAUGAUCAGCUGAAUAUUGUUUUCCACGUUUCAAAAAGGAUUCGGAAGGCAGUUGAAUUGGCAAGGCAGUACCAUUUUAACUACACUACUCCAGACCGAAGCAGACAGGAACUGCUCCAGCACAGUACUCCUCUUCCAACAGAACAUUGGCCUUUCAUGAGCAGGAUAGAUGGCAAGGAUGUGAGGAUUUCCACUCCAAGAACCCCAAGGGCUCCAAAACAUGCUCCUCGGCUUGCACGCCUUGAACUGCUUGAUUUCAAGCCAAUCACAGCUGUUCUUUUCCCAGACACAUUUUCUUCAAAACGUCUGCGCCGUUCAAUGCCACCAGGAUUGCCAAGGCCUGUGUCCAAAGCUGCAUCCUCGACUAGAGUUUUACUGUAUGAGGAGGAGCUUUGCGAAGCGGUGGCACAGAAUAAGCUUCUUUGAAGCUGCAGUGACUGUUGGGCACAACCAGCAAUAUGUUAUUGCUUCCAUCUCAUAAUGUACAUGAUUAUCUAUGUCAAUUCCCUAGGUAUGAGUUUUGUUUGGUUAGGCAGUUUUAGGCUAGUCUUUUUUUGAAGAACGUUUUAGACUAGUCAUUAGCAUGUUACAUACUCCUAUGCUCAGAAGUCAGAAGCAUCUAGUUUGGUUUAUUCCCUGCUUUGUAUAUAUUAAAUGUACUGGUAACUAUUUAUAGCUAAUAAUUUUGUUAGAGAAAUGCUGUUUCCCAAUGUUCUA